GCGUUGCGAGAAACUUCUGCGGCGAGUUCGUCCGAGCUACCUCCGCGUCGCGAGCUUUCACCCUCGAGUGUGUCCCAUACGGCGGAGAGAGCGGGCGAGCUUCUCAGCGCGGGAGAUUCGAAUCCGUGCAAGCCUGUUCGAGAUAUCUCGCGGAGAAGGAGAGAGAUAGAGAGCGAGUGAGAGGGGCGAAGUGGUGGCGCUCUCGGAAAAUUUAUCAAUACCAGCGCACGCCUAGUAGUCGCAGGCGGCGGGCUCGCUCCUCCGGAAGUGCUGCUGCUGCUGCUGUUUGGUAGUGUUCCAUUUUGUGUGAAUCCAGGAGCUUUCGCCAGGACUGAUCAGCCAACGAAGAGCGUCGAUUAGCGCGGACAGCGGCGCGACAGCCCUUCAUCAUGGCAACCGAGGGCGGACUUGCCCCUGAUGCGGCCGGUGGCGCGGCUCCGGGCGCCCCGGGAGCCGACGGCAUCGUCGGCGGCCCGAGGACGCCUCAGCAGGUCGCCGCCCAGAAGCGGUUGCAGCAAACGCAGGCCCAAGUCGACGAGGUCGUCGACAUCAUGAAGACGAACGUCGAGAAGGUCCUGGAGCGUGAUCAGAAGCUCUCAGAACUCGACGAUCGAGCUGAUGCACUCCAGCAAGGUGCGUCACAGUUCGAACAGCAAGCUGGAAAGCUAAAGAGGAAGUUCUGGCUACAAAACUUGAAGAUGAUGAUAAUUAUGGGUGUCAUCGGACUAAUCGUGCUGGCCAUCAUUGUCGCAAACUUCAUGUAGGCGCGCUGAUUGGUGGAAGAGAUUUGUGUCAAAGUUCAUGCCGGAGACGCCGGCUGCCCCGCCUCCGCCGAUCUACCAGUAUCCGCCGCCCGGACCACCGCCUGCCGCUCCCCCUGCCGGCGGUGCCCCGGGAGGGUCUCAGUCCGCCCCGGCAGCCUUCGUCGGGCCCGCGAGUCUGCUACUCUAGGCCCGCGCCUAAGCUCCGCUCCGAGCCCAGCAGCAACAUCUAUGAAUCUCUCCACUUCUACUUUCCGCUGCUGCCACGACAACUCAGCUCGCGAGCAACAACAACACUAUGCUAUCACACUACUCCACUACACCACGAUUGUACUUACUCGACCGAGCGCUCUUCUAGUUUAAUUGACGACACUCCUGGGCCCUGCUUCGGUACGCUGCUUCUUUUUCGAUGAGGACGUGCGGGAUAUAGCAAGAGAACGCGUUUAUAGGGGGAGUAUGAGGAGAAUCGGUGGCCGUCGCCGCCGAGGGAAUCCCUGUCGGUGGUGGGAUUCCCUCAGGCGGCAGUUCGUUUGUUCCGUUAUCGGCUGAUUACGAGCCGAGCCAAUCUUCCAGUUCGAGAGAGACAAGGCAAGGAGCUGUGCCCGCUGCUCAACUGUGGACGUCAGACCAGGGGCUCAGCUUGUAUGUGCCGCCGGAUGCGAGAUGCAACGCGCGAGAACGCGACGCGCGCACGCACAGGGUUGGUUCGCUUUGGUCGGAUUCUUAGCUGGCAAAGGAGUCGUCCAACGCCUGCUAACCCCAGCGCCGGCGCUGUUCCCUCGCGCGGUCGGAUCUUUCCGCGCGGAUAUUCCCGUUCGCGCAGAGAACGUCGGAGACUCGACGUCGAGGAGCCGACGUUUUCAGUUAUUUGGUAACACUGGCACCGGAAAAUAAACAAAAGAAAAAGCCUGGAAGCUUACGGCGAUUAUUGCGCCCCCGCGAGAUACGGGGGCUCUCCGGUGUUCAUUUUAUUUGUCACGCUCCCGGACGCCGAGCGACGAUGCUGCGUGGAAACGAAAGGCAAGACGUUUCCAGCACGACAACUUUGCGUGGAUCGCGAUAACGUAGAGGCGAUCCCUGCGUUCGAGCGGCUUGCUCGGGCAAACUGUGCGGGCCGAUACACCUUGGUUUGAGUGUAGUCACAAAUUCAAAUCAAUGUCAUUCCGUGCGUUAUGGUGAUCAAUACAAAGCGUUCUCAGCGAGAGCUGUAUAGGACUUCUUUGUUUUUCGACAACGGUUUUCGAGACCGAGUAAACUAUAUAGAGUAAUAGGACGGGGACAAUAGUGCUGAGAACGCUAAUCAAGUAAUAUAUCAAUCGUAGGAUCUGUCGGCUUUCUAGGACAGUAGUUGGAGUAAAAUAUAAUAAUAAUAGCGGUCCCCGUCGAGAAGGGAUUGUAUAUGUAAAAUACUGAGUUGUUUGAAGUAAGUAGAUGAACAACUGGUAGUUCGUUAGGAAAGGAUUUUAUGUAUCCAAUCGUAAUAUUCACGUGCGUCCUGUACUGUCUGCGGAAGCUCUCGCACGGGGAUCACUGGCAGAUUCUCGCGAUUUCGAUCGAACUGGAAGAUACGCUCGCUCAUGCUGCGCAAGAAAUACAACGAGUUUAACGUUUGUUCUUUUCCAACGUUUAUUUCAAUGCUCUGGGAUAUAUCAUCGAAGUGAGUACGGAGAUGCGUAUCUAAUCAGAAAUGAAUAUACAUCAUACUUGAGAGAGUUUUAAAGAAAAAUAUAUAACAAUAAGCUUGAUGAUGCCGUAUAUCGUAAUAAGAUUUCUUAAGAAAAUCGUAGUUUGCCCCUGUAUUAUUUGAAGGUAUAUUUCUGCUAUUCCGUUGGUGAUUUUACAUCCUAAUGGAGAUCAAUGGAAUUCAAUCUUAAAGGAUAGAGGAACUACCGUACUAUCAAUUUUUAAAAAUACUAGCUUAAACGAUAAAAUACAUGAAAUAAGGAAACUUUAAUCUCAUUACGUUAUUGAAAGUAUAAGUACACGAGGUCUAUACUUAGUCAUAUAAUACUGGCAAAAAAUUGCGUGACGAUUAUAAUAAAAAUUAUUUAUCACAGUCUUCUUGUAAUACACGAUAUUUUCAAUCUUUAAAAUCUUUCUCCUUAUUCAAAAUAUCAAUGAUAAUUCGAAAAUGCAUUUUUACUCUUUAUAGAACUAGCGAUAACGUACUUUAUUUAAUUUUUCAUCCAAACCAAUCUCAAGUUUUAUUUGGAGUUUAUAUAAUGCAUUAUAAAACCACUCUGUACUCAAUAUAAUAUUAAGAAAUCUUAAAAAUAAAGAUUACAAAAGAAUCUUUGUUACUAAAGUGCAUAUACAUGGAUAUACGCAAUAAACGUAUAUGUAAAUAAUAAACGAAAAAACUGAUAUCGACAUAGGUAAAUCAAUACGCAUUGUCGGUCAACAAUAAAAUCGUAUGUUCAAAACAAAGCAUUUGAAAGGAAGAGCGAGGGUGCUAGUUUUUAAGGCAAAAGGAUUAACACACUACAUUAUAUAACAGUAGGAAAUCUUUGUUACUUCACUUAAACUAGACAUUUGAUUAAAAAAUUUAAUUAGUAAACCAUCAAAGUAAAAAUCAAGUAUCCAUAGACGCAGAACUACCGCUUUGAAAUAGUAUUUUUAAAAGAUAAAAUUAUCCUACUUGAGUAGCCAUAACCAGCCAUACUAUUAUAUAAUAUAAAAUAAGGGGAAAUUUGUUGCACCAGCAAUAAUUAUUCAACACUCUAAGAACAUCUUUUAAAGUCAAAGGGCAUAUUUUUCAAUUCAAAUAAAAAAAGGUUUAUUGUAAGUAGUCAACAAUAACAAUACUAUAUCAAACUUUUUAAAUAUACAUUUAUUAUUAUUGUAAAUGAUACUGCUUUUAUUUUAAACUAUGGCAUUAAAAGGCUCGUAAACGUAAAAUGAGAAUAAUUAUUUAAUAAAUUUAAUAGGCCUAUGCGAGUAAAAAAAUAGUCAAUUUACUAUAACCUUAUAUAUAAUCAUCGCUAUUUGUUGAAAUGUAAAAGUUUCUCCGUCGUAAUUCAACUGGCCGUCGAUUGUCGCAAAUUCAAGAGAGUUGUAAGCUAAAAAUAACUAUAACAAAUGUUAUCCUUAAAUUGAUAGUUUAUAUGAAAGAACAUCAAUUUUGAUGCAUGCUGUGUCGUUCCUUGCUGGGGGGACGGUGAAUGCUAAGAAAAAUUGAGCUGCCCGUAAAAUCAUUAUUGUAUACCUAUAUGAAAAUAAACAAUACCCAAAAG